AUGUUCUCCUCUUCGUCCAGAAACUCUCUGUUCUCCCCCUGGACGUCCAUGGAGCAGGCCGACUCUGAGGGACUGGACAUCAUCAGCACCAAGGUGCAGCUGCACGGGGUGUUGUGGAAGAGGCCCUUCGGACGGCCCUCGGCCAAGUGGUCCCGCAGGUUCUUCAUCAUCAAGGACAGCUUCCUGCUGUACUAUGCGGAGAGCGAGAAGAGAAACUUCGAGACCAACAGGUACUUCAACAUCCACCCAAAGGGCGUCAUCCCUCUGGGAGGGUGUGUGGUGACGACCAACGAGGACAUGGGCAUGCCCUUCGCCAUCGUCAUCAACCUGGAAGACUUCACCGGUACCAUCGUCCUGGCUGCGGAGUCGGAGGAGGAGCAGGCCCAGUGGCUGGAGAUGCUGCAGGAGUCCGGCAAAGUCACAUGGAAGAACGCCCAGCUGGGGGAGGCCAUGAUAGAAAGCCUGGAGGCUCAGGGGCUCCAACUGGCCAAGGAGAAGCAGGAGUACCUUGAUAAACUGAUGGAGGAGACGGAGGAACUGAGUCACCAAAGGGCUCAGAGAGAGGAGCUGGAGCGUCUGAACCAGGUCCUGGAGGAGGAGAAGCUGAAAUUUGAGGAGGUGGUGCUGGAGCUGAAAGUGGAACAGGAACAGAUCAAAAUGGACUUGGACGGCACGGCUCAGUCCCUGAGAGGCGUGGAGUCUGAAAAGGAGGAGUUGAGCAGCUUGACGGUGCUACUCCAGAAGUCCAUUGAGGAGCUGUCCCAGGAGAAACGGCGAACUCUGGAGCUUCUGGGAGUCAAGGAGCACGGGGAGAGUGCGCAGGAGACCGCCGAGGGGAACUCGGAGUCGGCCGGCGGUGAGCCCGAGGAUGGCGGAGACCUCGGGGACGUGGACCUGCUGCAGGACCUGCAACACAUCGAAGAGCAGAUGAAGGUCCUGCUGAUGGAGAAGGAGCAGGCUGAUGAGAAGCUGCAGGAGAAAGAGCAACGGGCCAAGGUGCUGCAGGAGGAGAGGGAGUUCUACUCCUCUCAGGCUCGCACACUGCAGCAGUCUCUCACUCAGCUCACCGUGGACAAGCAGCAGACCGAGGCCGAGCUCAAGGCAGAGAUGGCGUCUCGGCUGGAGCUGGAGCAGAAGCUCAAGCUGGCGGAGGAGGCCCUGCAGGACCUGGAGAAGGGCCUGAACACUUUGGAGCGCACCAAGGAGCACGAGGAGAAGAUGAAGGGUGACGUCAGUCAGCUGAGGAAGUUCUUCGAGGAGUGCAUCUGUGCAGCAGAGAUUGAGGCCAAGCUUCCCUCCAUCAUGAAGAAUGCUGUGUAUCUCCACAAAGCCGCUGCUCGCCGAAUCAAGAGCUGCCGCAUCCAGAGAAGGGCCUCCAGGCAUCACUGGUUAAAACACUCCAAGUCCUUCGCCGUUUCCCACGGCGACGGGGACGACAUGGAGGAGCUGAGGGAGACCGCCCGGCGACUGACCUCCGACAGCAGCUUCAGGGAGAGCGUGUACAAGAUCAUCACGCGCAAGGACACCAGCAGCAGGACGGAGGCGUGA